AUGCCGGCUCUUCCCUCGACUGUAGACGUUGGUGAUUCGAGCAACGAACCGGUCAGAGGUCCCGAGAUACCGGAAUUGUACACAAAUUUUGAUAAGCACAUUGCUUAUCAUAUUGUGAACGGAGGUCCAGAGCGCUCGGAGCGCGGCUCAGAAUUUCGAAUUCGAAAUCACACAGGAACUUUGAAAGGUUGGGUGCCGUUUAUUACAGAGGUAGUACAAAGAUGUGGAUUAAUGUCAGUUGUACAAGCAUCGUACAACACUGUGGACGACCAUCUACUUAGAGCCUUCAUAGAGAGAUGGCAGCCAGCUACCAACACAUUUCAUUUACCUGUUGGAGAGAUGACCAUCACACUUGAUGAUGUGAGUACGUUGGUCGGUUUGCCAGUUGUUGGGCGUACCGUAUCUUGCGAGCGUUUGAUCCGUGAUUCCAAAACGAAGCCCAGUAGUUUGAUGUUCGAGUUGCUAGGUGAGUACCCGGACGAUGUAAACAAGAAGAAAGCGGUGAAGUUGGAAUGGUUGAAGGCUAAAUUUAGCAAAGUGACCAUGAGAGACAGUGCGGAGAAGAGGACAUACGCCAUUCGGGCGUAUUUGUUAUUUUUUCUCAGGUGUACUAUACUGUGCGACAAGACAGGCAACAUGGUAAGAGUGGAGUAUCUAAAUCUCGUAUCUAAUUUGGAUCGGAUCGGCGAGUAUGCUUGGGGCACUGCAUGUCUUUGCCGGUUGUACGAUGAGCUUUCGUCAGCCUCACAAAAAUCAACGAACUCGAUGGCUGGCUGGCUGACGCUCUUUCAGUCAUGGAUUUACGAGCACUUCCCUUAUUUGGCGGGUGGCACAUUGAAGACGGAAUUCGAGGGGCCAUUAGCGAGCCGAUGGGAGCCUCAGUUAAAGACUACUUCAACGCCUGAACGAGCGUCGUACCUGCGAUCUCGAUUAGAUGAUUUGAUCACCGAUCAGGUUUUAUGGUCACCGUAUACGGCUAUUCGUGAUCGUUUCCCGAUGCCAGAUUCUGCUUGGUUUAGUGGGAUGAUAUGUUGCAUGGACCACUUCGAGGCAUAUCAUCCGGACAGAGUGAUGAGGCAGUUCAACCGGGUGCAAAUUAUUCCAGGUCGUGCAUACAUGUCAAAAGAUAUGUAA